AUGGCGGCGCCCAGCGGCGCGCCCCGGCGUGGGGACCGCGGGGCCGGGCCGUGACACCGCGAUAUCCCCGGCGACAUGAGGCUGAGCUGGGUCCGGGCGCUGCCCCGGCGCCUAUGGGGCAGCCUCGGAGCUCCAGAGCUCUGUCUGAGCUUCUGCCAGCGUCCUGCGCAUGUCCCCACUGAGGGGGGCAACACCGCGGGGACCCCAAAACCUCUCGGGCCCCAGAAUCACCACCGCCCUGAGGGUGACACCCCGAGGGGUGACAUCCCGGGGGGUGACACCUCCAGGGCCACCACCUCAGCGUGGCAUCGCCAGUCCCACAAAACACGGGACAAGGAGCGCGACCCCCGGCACCGGGACCGCCCCUGGGGCCCUGCGGGAGGUGACACCGCGGGUAAUGACACCUCAGGAGGUGACGCCUCAGGGGGUGACACCGGUGACACCUCAGCCGGCCGCACCUCCAAGCCCCCACUGCGACAUCUCCGCUCCUACAAGGCGCACCGUGACGACCACGAGGGUCCCCAGGACGGUGACACCUCCGGUGACCCCUCCGGUGACCCCUCCGGUGCCCCGUCCAGCGGCCCCGCGGCGUUCGAGGCGGCUCUGCGGGACAUGUCGCGCCGUCCCCCGGGGCGCGGCGGGCGCCUGGCGCUGGUGGAGGCGGCGCUGGCGGCGAUGCCGGCGCUGGGCGUGGAGCGCAGCCUGGGCGCCUACAAUGCGCUGCUGCGGCUGCUGCCCCGCGGGCCCUGGGUGCCGCAGGGGCCCGUGCAGCGCCUGCUCUUCCCCUUCCCGCGGCAGCAGGAGUGCGGGCUGCGCCUGCUGGAGCAGAUGGAGCGAUACGGCGUGGUUCCGGACGCCGAGACGCGGUUCCUGCUGCUGGGGGUGUUUGGGCCGCGCAGCCGCCCGGUGCGGAAGGUGCAGCGGAUGCUCUUCUGGCUGCCCCGGUUCCGCCACCUGGACCCCCACCCGCUGCCCCCCCGGCUGCCGCCCCCCGGGCCCGCGGCCGCGCGCCUCGGCCUGCGCCGCAUCGCCGCCGACCCCGCGGCCACCGUCACCGUCAUGCAGAAGCCGGUGCCGGACUCGGGGGAGGACGAAGGCUCCGUCCAGCCCUACAUCGUCAGCUCGCAGAGCCCGGACCAGCGGGAGCUCCUGGCCCAGCACGACCCUUCCCGGCCCGUGUUCGUGGAGGGGCCGUUCCCACUGUGGCUGCGGGGGACUCUCCUGAGCUACUUCGUGCUACGGGGGGACCCCCUGCCCCAACACCUGAGGGACCCCCCCCUGGACCCCGAGCGCAGCUUUUACUUCCCCCUGCACCUGGAGCUGGACCUGGAGCGCGGCCCCUGGGACGACGAGGACUUCGACGUGGAUGAAGUGGAGGAGGGUCCCGUGUUCGCGCUCUGCAUGGCGGGGGCGGGCGACCGGCGCACCUUGGGCAGGUGGAUUUCGGGGCUGCAGGAGGAGAACCCGGUGUUGGGGCGCGCCCCCGUCGUCUUCCGCCUCACCCACGAAGGGGGGGACCCCUGUGCCGACCCCCAGACCCCCCGGCUGGGCGCGGGGACCCCCCCGGCAGCGGCGCUGGAGCCCCCCGAGGGGCAGGACGGGGGAAAGCCGGGGGGAGACCCCCGAAAAGCAGCGGGGAAUAAAGAGGUGCUGCCAUGGAGAGGAGGUGUCGUGUCUUGA